AUGGCAUUCCUCUUUGGUGCCAAUAGGCGACAGAAGCAGCCUACAGACAUCGCAAGAUCGAUUAAGGAUCUCCUUCGAAGGCUAUGGAAUGAGCCACCAAGCCCAAAGGUGGACGAGGAGCUGGGGAGACAGAUGGCGCAGAUGAAGCUCAUUGUUCAGGGCACUCCAGAAGUCGAGUGCAGCCCCGAACAGGUCCAACAACUUGUGCAAUGCAUCAUUCAAGAAGACAUCCUAUUCGACCUAGCGAGAAGCAUACGAAAACUACCAUUCGAAGCACGGAAAGAUGCCCAAAUCAUCUUCGCUCACAUCCUUCGAUGGAAGCCCGCCAACGGGCGAUCGAGUGAGCCUGCAAUCUCAUACUUGGUUUCGAAACGACCAGAAAUUAUUGUGGAGUUGUGUCGAGGCUACGAACACCCGGAGAGUGCACUGCCGUGUGGGACUAUACUACGGCAGGCAAUUAUGCAGGACAGCAUCACAGCUAUCAUCCUAUAUGACGAGUCCAAGCCAGGAGAAAGAGCAGUACAGAUAUCGGAAGUUGAUGUUAGACGACAAGAGACCUGUCAAGGGCUUUUCUGGAACUUCUUCAAUUGGAUCAACAAAGGGAGUUUUGAAGUCAGCGCAGAUGCUUUUAAUACAUUUCGGGAUAUCCUGACAAGGCACAAAACAAUGGUUGCACAAUACCUGUCUACCAAUUUCGAAGAGUUUUUCUCACGAUACAACACCCUCCUGAUUCAAUCAGACUCGUACGUCACCAAACGUCAAAGCAUCAAGCUUCUUGGAGAGAUACUUCUGGAUAGGGCAAACUACAACGUAAUGACAGCGUAUGUCGACAGAGGGGAACAUCUGAAGCUCUGCAUGAACUUGUUGAAGGACGAUCGAAAGAUGGUCCAAUACGAGGGAUUCCAUGUUUUCAAGGUCUUCGUUGCAAACCCGAACAAAUCGACGGCAGUACAGAGGAUUCUUAUAAACAAUCGUGAUCGAUUACUGAAAUUCCUCCCGAAAUUUCUGGAAGAUAGGACGGACGAUGAUCAAUUCACGGACGAAAAGAGCUUUCUGGUAAGACAAAUUGAACUUUUACCAUCAGAACCGGCGGAUUCGAGGCCACAGCCAGUUGGUGGAGUAGGAGUUGGAGCUGUUGCAUAA